CAUGAAGCUGUACUGUUGGGGAGACAGCUCCAGUGGGCAAUUUGGUCCACAGGCAGCCCUUAGUCCAGUAAGCUGGACAGUCCCUGGAAUUAUUUCCAACAUCUGCUGCGGAGAGCAGCACACUUUAUUCCUGAAUGCAGAGGGAGGCGUUUUAUCAUCUGGACACAACUCACAGGGACAACUUGGACGAAAAAAUAGUGAUGCAAAAAUCUUUGGCCGUGUGGAGGGGCUGGGGGAUGUGGUGGCGAUGGCUUGUGGUCAGGACCAUUGUUUGGCUUUGUCUGCAUCUGGACACGUGUUUUCCUGGGGUGCAGGAGAUGAUGGACAACUGGGAGCAUACCUGAGACCACAGCAUAACAGUUACAGACCAAGCCGGGUCCCUAUACCAUUGCCCAUACAAAUAAUUCAGGUAGCUUGUGGAAACUUCCAUUCCCUGGCGUUGACUAAAGGAGGAGAUGUCUUCUCAUGGGGUUCAAACAGUCAUGGUCAACUGGGUCUAGGCAAGGAGGUGUCAAAGCAACACAAGCCUGUCCUGGUGUGUGCCCUGUCUGGAGUAGCAGUGACUCAGAUUUCAGCUGGAGGGAGCCAUACUCUCUUCCUCACACUCUCCAGCCUGGUGUAUUGCUGUGGAGCCAAUAAGUCAGGCCAGUUGGGGCUCAACAGGGUGGAUGAAAGAGGCAGGUUCAACAUCUGUAUGGUACCUGCUCUCAGACCUCUGGGUGUCUCCUGUAUAAGCUGUGGAGAGUCACACACUGCUGUGUUAACAAAGGAUGGGAAAGUUUUCACUUUUGGAGAUGGAAGCCUUGGUCAGCUGGGUCACAACUCCUCCACCAAUGAAGUGAGACCCAGACUGGUUGACGGUCUGGAUGGGCUUGCAUCCCAGAUUGCAUGUGGCAGGCGUCACACUCUGGUUUUAAGCUCCUCUGGCCAGCUGUGGGCUUUUGGCACUGGGGACAAAGGUCAAAUAGGAACUGGACAACCACACGGCAGUCUAUCCCCCACCCUGGUUCAGCUCCCAUGGACCUCUGAUAGUGCAGCAGCCACACCAAGUGACCUAAAAAUAUCAGCUGGAUGGAAUACAAACUUCUUCUACUCUUCACCUUCAAAGAACUGGGCUCGUGGACAGAUCACUGGACGUCUUGAUGAAACCAAACUGCAAAAAUGGUUAAAAAUGAAGCACAGCAAUGUGGAGGCAAAAAAAGAAAUAACAUCAAUGUUUUUGACAAGUUCAAGUCUUGUUGCAAGUUUCACAAAAGCCAAUGGAUCUCCACUGGAAGCUGGAGCCUUAAUGGUGGACCUUGAGGCUGCUAGCCAAGCUUUUGACCAGUUGUUGGCAAUCCCAUGGAUCAAACAAUCAGUGAAUAUAAAUCCCCUGAUUGAGUUGCUUGUUGACUCAAGAACUGCAUUGAAAUCUCCGGAGAUCCUCCUGGUUCUGCUGACUUGUCCCCUUCUGCAAGAAGACUCUAAUGUCAUGAAUGUAGUUUUGCCUCUGGCGAUUAUUUUAGCAGAUAUCAGCGAGAAGACCCUGGAAACACUAAGAAAAUGGUGGUCGUCUCUGUCAGCUUCCAUUCUUAUUAAACACAUCAUGGUCUUCAAAAAGGCCCUGGCCUUCAUGCUGAAGAAUGGCCUUUUAUCUACUCACAACCCUGGAGUUAAAUACCUGCUGGAAGCCCUGAAGCUACUCUACAAAGCAAACAAAGCUCGAAACUCCUACAAAGUCCCGCUGAGCACCUUCUAUGUAGAAGAAGUCAGUACUACUGUGGAACCACAUGCGGAUGUCACUCUAUGGAUAACGUUUUCCAAAGUGGAGGAUGACGAGAGCACACCUGUCAUCUUCUGCCGCUAUCCUUUCGUUUUCACUUUGCUUUGCAAGGCGGCUGUGUUUAACAUCUUCGCUCGAGUAAUGAAGGAAGCGCACCAUUUUGUUCGUGAACUGGCUUUGGCAUGGCCUCAUGAGUUUGCAGACGUUUCAGAUGAGACCCUUGUCCCAGUCUUCCAGCUAACUCUGAGGCGAACUCACCUGGUGGAGGACUCCUUCAGACAGCUCGCUGCAGCUGAUCACUCUGCCUUCAAAAGGGAGCUUUUGGUGCAGUUUGUGGAUGACAGAAAGGUGAUGCAUGUCAAUAAAAAGGACUUCUUCCUCCAUGUGUUUGAUGAGCUGAUGGCACCUGAAUCUGAAAUGUUCAUGUACAACGACAGCAAGACUCUGGCCUGGUUCCCAUCCAAACCAAAAGUAGAGGAGAAGCACUAUUUCCUGUUUGGUAUUCUGUGUGGUCUGGCUCUUUACAACCACAACAUCGUACACCUGCCCUUCCCUCGAGUCCUCUUCAAGAAGCUUCUCUCUUUCAAACCCUCACUGGAUGACUUGAAGGAGUUUGACCCCGUACUGGCAGAGUCUUGGAGGUGCAUCUUGGAGGACUACACUCCUAAACAAGUUGAAACCUUGGCAAUCCCUUUCAGUGUGACCUGGGGUGAUGAAGAAGUUGAACUAGAUCCAAAAGAAGCUGGAAAACAUGUCACUGGAUCAAAUAGGAAAGAAUUUGUUGCUGCCUGUGUCAACCACAUCUUCAACAAAUCUGUGGAGGGAAUUUUUGAAGCAUUUAAGAGGGGGUUUUUUAAAGUGUGUGACAUGGAUGUGGUGGACUUCUUCCAGCCAGAGGAGCUGCAAAGUGUUAUGGUGGGUCAAGAAAACUACGACUGGGAGGUCUUUAAGCAGAACACAGUAUAUGAGGGAGAGUACCAUGCUGACCAUCCAAACAUUAUUACCUUUUGGGAGGUGUUUGAGAAACUGACAGCAGAAGAGAAGAAAAAGUUUCUUUUGUUCCUCACAGGCUGUGACCGCAUACCUUUUAUGGGAAUGGAGUACAUCCGAAUGACAGUGUCCGUGCUACUUAAUGCCACAGAGCACCAUUUGCCAGAAUCGCUCACCUGCCAUUCUCUGCUGCUGCUGCCCAUCUACAAGAGAUACCCAGUACAGAGGACAAUGCAGACCAGGCUUCUUCAGGCUAUCAAUCACAAUAGAGGCUUCUGGAAGGAGUAACAACCCAGACUGUACCCUCCUAGCUUUCUUAAAAACAGUGCAUAUGAAGUUUUAUUUAGUUUGCUCCACUGUCUGCCAGUACUUGUAAUAUCUUGUUAUUUUCAUGUAAUGCCUCUAAACAAAGAAUCAUGAAAUGUAUGUACCCAU